GGUUGAGUAAACAGCACGCAUGCAGUUGACAUAAGCAUGUGCAAAACACCGCGAUUUGAUUGACGAACCAGCAGCAUUUUAACGAUUAGUACCUACUGCAAAUAUUCAAUAUUUUAACUACAAAUCCUUUUUACGCAACAAAAUACCAUGGCAAGUGUAGAGAACGUCAAUAAAGCUGCCAACUUCAUGAAAGUGGCACCAGGGAAAAUCGGAUAUAAUUCAGAGAAGAUCAUCACACGCUAUAUUCCUGAAAAAAGUGAAAGUAUAUCCGGAUUUUCUUCGAUUAUCCAAUCGCUUGCACGGGAGAGUAAAAAUGAAAUAAUUCGAAACAGCUUCAAUGACAUAGAGACGGAACUCCAGGUUGCCCAAUGGAUUGAUUAUUCCGUGUUAUUUAUUUCUCCUGCCGGUAAAGACAAACACGUUGCCAAAACUUUGCUGGAGGAACUGAACAAAUACCUUGAAUCGCGAUCGUACCUAGUCAACCACACUCUGAGCCUUGCUGAUGUUGUAGUAUUCUAUGCCAUUCAGGAUACCAUGAAUAAUCUACAACCACUGGACAAGGAGCACUACCUUAAUGUGUCGCGUUGGUUUAAUCACCUACAACAACAGAAGGCAAUUCGCCAGAAUGACGUGCUCAUCAACUUUUCUACAUUACACCUGCUCGGUUGGGCCACAGGAACACACGUUUGAAUCUUCUCGUAGCGGAACUUCCCAAACUUCAAUAAUUAAUCUAGGGAUUUUUUCUCCAAUUCAAUAAUAAUGAUUUUAAAUUACUUCCUAUUUAAAACAAUUAAAAAAAUAAAGCCUACAGUAUCUCCUGUCAUUUAUGCAUAAGUAAACAUAUUUGAAAAAAUAA